AACUGGUUAAGAACUGAAAAAGCGGUUCCCUCUUGCUAGCACGCGGUGGUUGUGCACUCGUUGAAAAUAUAGCCCCUCUCCCUCUCUCUCUCUCUCUCUCUCUCUCUCUCUCUAUAGCAAUAAAUACCACUCCUACCAACAAAGCAAAAGAAAAACAGAGGAAAGAUCGGAUCUUUGUUGACUUUGCUGCUGCUGCUGCUGCUGGUUCUGCUUCAAUCGCUGCCUCUCUCUCUCUCUCUCCGAAACAUGAGCGAAGAAACAAAUACAAAUGAAGCUCCAGAACAAACACAAAGGCGGGCCCCCCGCUUGAAUGAGAGAAUCCUUUCAUCAUUGUCAAGGCGAUCGGUUGCUGCUCAUCCUUGGCACGAUCUUGAGAUUGGACCUGGAGCUCCUCAGAUUUUCAACUGUGUUGUUGAGAUAACUAAAGGAAGUAAAGUCAAAUAUGAACUGGACAAGAAAACGGGUCUGAUCAAGGUUGAUCGUGUGUUAUACUCAUCGGUGGUUUAUCCACAUAAUUAUGGCUUCAUUCCCCGAACUUUGUGUGAAGAUAAUGACCCAAUGGAUGUACUAGUUCUCAUGCAGGAACCUGUUCUUCCUGGUUGUUUCCUUCGUGCCAGGGCCAUUGGACUGAUGCCUAUGAUUGAUCAGGGAGAGAAGGAUGAUAAAAUCAUUGCAGUUUGUGCUGAUGAUCCAGAGUAUCGCCACUACACUGACAUCAAAGAGCUUGCCCCUCAUCGACUAGCUGAGAUCCGUCGUUUUUUUGAAGAUUACAAGAAGAACGAGAACAAAGAGGUUGCAGUUAAUGACUUUCUACCUUCAACUACUGCUCAUGAAGCUAUCCAGCAUUCCAUGGACCUAUAUGCUGAGUACGUCUUACAUUCAUUGAGGAGAUAAGCGGACUGGAGAUGUUCUUGAUAAUCUGCUAUUAAGUGGUACUCUUGGGGAAAAAGGAGUUGCAUCCCAGAUGAAUUUCCAUGACUGCUGCUUUUUUGGUUAAAUAAUCCUAUGGAAGAACGAAUUCCUUAUGUUUCAUGUGUUGGGUGUUUCAAACUAAAUUUGAUCAUGUUCAACUCAGUGCUACUUGUCAUUAUUGAGUUUUUUUUUUAAUCCGCAUUAUUGAGUUAGUUUUGUUUAGUCUUUUCUGCUAUACUCAUCAUGCUGAUCCCUGGCGUUGGAGUCCAGACAGGGAGAGGUCCAGGUGGGCUUCCCAUCUCCAAACCUCUUAAAUUUAUUGAACAGCAGUUGUUAAAAUA